GGAGCGUGUUGGAGGCGCGCGCGCGCGCUAUAAAGCGCACAGCCCCGCCGCUCGCGUCAGUCCAGGGUUGAUCGUCAGACUAUCCGGACCCGAACCUGCGAUGACUCCCCUGCUCCCCCCACCUGGAUUACCACUGAACUAACUUCUACAUGUGGCCCCCCGCUCCAUCCUAACGCCACCCCCCAGUCUCAGCACCUCCAGCCUGCACCUCCCCGCGGUCAUGGGGCGCCUGGUUUCCCGCCAGCUGAGGGCCCCCCCCGCGCUGUGAGGUGGAUUUAUGACAGAGGAGUCGCAGCUUGCAGCAGCCGAGGGACCUCACAGGAAGUUCGAGCUCGAGGAGGAUGCAGGGGACUUGUUGGUGCGCCGUGUUCGUCCUGACGCACGCGCUGUGCCUGGUCACAAGUGUCCAAGCCUCAAGGUCGGACAUCGUAAAGUCAGGAAACCCUAAAUCUACACUAAAGCACAUUUGGACAGAAAAUGGUAAGGAGAUGUCCAUCAGUCGGCUGCUGUCUCAGACUUUACAUGGCAAAGAAAACAGCACAGCCUUGGAUCUUCACUAUAACACUCCAGAGCCCUACUCAGAACAAGACCUGUGGGACUGGCUGAGGAACUCCUCAGACCUGCAGGACUCACGGCCACGAGUUAAACGGCGGCCCAUGGUUAAGACGGGUAAGUUCAAGAAAAUGUUUGGCUGGGGGGACUUCCACUCAAACAUCAAGACAGUCAAACUCAACCUGCUGAUCACUGGAAAGAUUGUGGAUCAUGGUAAUGGCACUUUCAGUGUGUACUUCCGUCACAACUCCACAGGCCAGGGGAACGUUUCCGUCAGUCUGGUCCCACCAACUAAGAUAGUAGAGUUUGAUGUGGCAACGCAGCAGUCAGUCAUUGAUUCCAAGGACUCAAAGUCUUUUAACUGUCGUAUAGAGUAUGAGAAGGUGGAGAAAGGUGCAAAGAACACAUUGUGCAACUUCGACCCAUCCAAGACCUGCUAUCAGGAGCAAACCCAGAGCCAUGUGUCCUGGCUCUGCUCCAAACCUUUUAAAGUUAUCUGCAUCUUCAUUUCCUUCUACAGCACCGACUACAAACUGGUGCAGAAAGUGUGCCCAGACUACAACUACCAUAGUGAUACUCCAUACUUCCCAUCUGGCUGACGUUUCUGAACAGCGCGCACACCUUGAUGGAUGAAUGGAGCACCGACUGGGAGUUUGACCCGUCCCAGAGAAUGUGUCUGUUAGCCAUCCUGUCCUCCUGUAAUGUAUCCAUACAAACAUCUCUGUAGAUUAUUUUCCUCAA